UUGAAUCGCGGCGCGGCCGCUGCCCCCCUCCCUCGCCCCGCCAUGAACUUCUCGGAGCUGUUCAAGCUCUCCGGCCUGCUCGGCAGGUUCUCCCCCGACGGCAGGUGCCUGGCUUCAUGCGUGCAGUACCGUUUGGUGGUUCGGGAUGUGAAUACCCUCCAGAUCCUCCAGCUGUACACUUGCCUGGAUCAGAUCCAGUAUAUAGAAUGGUCGUCUGAUUCUCUGUUCGUAUUAUGUGCCAUGUACAAGCGCGGGAUUGUUCAGGUCUGGUCCCUGGAGCAGCCAGACUGGCACUGUAAGAUAGACGAGGGCUCGGCAGGAUUGGUGGCUUCAUGCUGGAGUCCGGAUGGUCGUCACAUUCUCAAUACAACAGAGUUCCAUCUGCGGAUAACCGUGUGGUCAUUGUGUACAAAAUCUGUGUCCUACAUCAAGUAUCCCAAAGCUUGUCAGCAGGGGGUAGCUUUCACUAAGGAUGGCCGCUAUAUGGCAGUAGCAGAAAGACGUGACUGCAAGGACUUCAUUAGCAUCUUUGUAUGCAGUGACUGGCAGCUACUGAGACAUUUUGACACUGAAACGCAAGAUCUGUUUGGGAUUGAAUGGGCUCCGAACGGCUGUGUUCUGGCAGUGUGGGAUACAUGUCUGGAGUAUAAAAUAUUGCUGUACUCCCUUGAUGGCAGACUGCUAUCCACGUAUCGGGCUUAUGAAUGGUCGCUAGGCAUAAAAUCAAUUGCCUGGAGUCCCAGCAGUCAGUUUUUGGCAAUUGGCAGCUAUGAUGGAAAGGUGCGUAUCUUGAACCAUGUAACUUGGAAGAAGAUCACAGAGUUUGAGCAUCCAGCAACUGUUGCUAACACCAAGACUAUUGUGUAUAAAGAAGUGGAGAAAUCCCCAUCUGUUGAAACAGAGAGACUUUCUUUCCCUCCAACAAAAGCGUUGGCUAGUUCUCUCUUCAGCACACAAAGUAAAUAUGACAUUUCCCAGGUGCCAAUUUCUUUACAGUACAUCAAACCAGUUGCUGACAGGGCAAAUCCCAAAAUGGGAAUUGGGAUGUUGGCAUUCAGUCCAGAUAACUGUUUCCUGGCAACAAAAAAUGAUAACAUUCCUAACGCUGUCUGGAUCUGGGACAUUCAAAAGCUGAAGCUGUUUGUAGUCUUAGAGCAGCUGUGUGCGAUCCAGUCUUUCCAGUGGGAUCCCCGACAACCUCGACUUGCUGUAUGUACAGGAAAUAGCAAAGUCUACUUAUGGUCCCCAGCUGGCUGUGUGUCAGUGCAGGUGCCAGUGGAAGGUGACUUCCAGAUCGUCUCUCUCUCCUGGCAUUCUAGUGGAGACUCCAUGGCGCUUCUGAGCAAGGACAGCUUUUGUGUGUGUUACUUAGAAAGAGAAGAGCCUCGGUCUCCACAAAAUGAAGAACGAAGAACAAAUUGAGU